AUGGCAGAAAUAUGGGCUCUCCAAGAUGGACUGCAACUGUGCUUACAAAUUCAUACUCAAUCUGUUAUUAUUGAAUUGGAUGCUAAAGCUAUUGUGGAUGCCUUUAACUCACAAACUUACUCUAAUACUAUUGUAUCUUCUAUUAUGGAUGAUUGCAGGCACAUGGCUACCCGGAUUCCCCAGACGAGUUUUAGACAUAUUUACAAGGAGGCGAACAAGUGCGCAGACUUCUUGGCUAAACUAGGCACUUUGAUUGAGAGUGAUUUUAUUGUUUUGUCCAGUCCACCUAUGGACUUAUCUAGUAUAUUGGAGGCUGAUGCCAAUGGUUUGUAUGUUAAUAGGCUCUGUCCUGAACCUUUAUUUGCUGUUUAG